AUGCUGGGCAAUUACACGCCACUGGAAAAGAUGCAAGAGCUGGUGAAGAUCUUUGAUUCAGAGCAUCAUUUGUCGGAAAUAAAGGUCAAUGAUAAAGCGGUAAAGGCGGCACUGGAAAAGUACAAGCCAGAUGUGAUUAUCGUUGAUGCGCAUUCUCUUUCGCCUGCCAUUUACGCGUCGGGAAUUCCGUGGAUCAAAAGCUGCUCAAUGAAUCCACUUUUUGAAAUGUGGGACUCUGAUUUGCCACCAGGCGGCUCCGGUUUUUCUCAAAAUAGCGAUCGAUCUAAAUGGGCCGAAUUUGUUUUUCUACGUAAAAAGCUUUUUGCUUCACCUGCUUUCAGUAAUCUUCUAAGAGAAAUGGGCUAUGAACCGUAUGCAAAUGAUAUCAAGUUUCCUCCUACUGAAAUUCUCACCGUAUAUGCUUGUCCUGAAGAGUUGAACUACCCACAAAUUCGCCAAAAUGGCUGGCACAACUUGGAGGCAUUUAAUAAAGUAGACCUAAGUGAAACUGUUGCAAAGCUUGAUGAUAUUUUGCCAAAAAAGUUUAUAGAAAAUAAUCUAAAUGGAACAUUCUCUGGCAAGUACAUUUACUUUUCUCUUGGAUCAAAGGCUAGUGUUGAUGUUAACUUGAUGCGCCGCAUGACUACUGUUCUUUCUGCAACGCCUCACAAGUACAUUGUUUCAAAGGGGCCAAACCAUGAAGCCUUUGAGCUUCCUAACAACAUGUGGGGCGAGCAGUACUUGCCACAGACAAAGAUUAUUCCAACCGUUGACUUGGUCAUCACUCAUGGGGGAAAUAACACCGUCACCGAGACGUUUGCCACUGGAACUCCCAUGGUGGUGAUGCCCAUGUUCGCCGACCAAUUUGACAAUGCCCAACGUCUGGUUGAAACUGGCCUAGGUGUCUGUGUGAUGCCAUAUGACUUUGAAGAUUCUGAACUGAUUGCAGCUGUUGAGAAGGCUCUUGGAGAUGAGGAGAUGAAACGGCGUUUACAGGUGGCAGCAAGGCGAAUUCAGUCGGAAAAUCGACAUGAACAGCUGGCAGAAAAAAUUGAGCAGUUGCUGGUCAAGUGA